UUUUGUGGCGCAGCCGCCUCUCUAGCAGCUCCGGCCCCAGCCCGCGGCUCGCGGACCUGCAGCCCAGCCCGGCCGCGCUGCGUGCCCCGGCGCGCACCCCUCCCACUCCCACCCACUCGGAGCCACGUCCCCUGCCCCGCUCCGGCCGGCUCCCACCGUCCCCGGCCACCUUCUUCGCCCCUGCCCGGCCCCCGACCCUUCCAGCCACCACCCCGCCCCCACCCCCUUCUCCACCCGCACGGACUAGGCAGAGGCCGCCCGCGGUCAGGCCAGGCCGGGUCCAAUUAGGGGACUCACAGCCUGCCCCGCUGUGCACCCCGAGGAGGCCCGGCCCCUGUGUCCAAUCCGGAAGUCGCAGGGAAGUAGGGAGGUCAGGAUGGUGGCACCCGCGGCUCGGGUCUUCCUCCGGGCAGUGCGCGCGGCUCUCACUUCCACGGUCCCGGACCUGCCCUGCCUCCUGGCCCGAGGCUCCCCGCGUGGCCUCGCGUCUGGUCGCCUACCCCUCGCGGCCCGCUCCGCCCAGCAUGGACCUGGAUCCGGGGCGCCUUGGUUGCGAAUUGCCGGGAGGGCCCUGAGAUUUGUGUUGUCAAAACACUGGGGGGAUGAUUGCUACCUGAUAAACCGCCUCUGGCAGGACCUGAAGCCUCCCAGUUACCUCGGGAACGGGCAGGAGCUCAGGUUGGCGCCGCCGGUGCAGUGGGCAUUACAGGUGCAAGGGAACCAGUUGCAAACUGCAGUGCUGUGCUUGAGGAUGGCUCCUCCUGAGCCGGCAGGCAGGGCGACGCUCCCGGUAGGCGCGGUCCAGGCACGUUAACCCUCCCGCCAGGAGCUCCCGAGCCGAGCCACUCGCCCCCUACCAGUUAUCCCACCCACCCCUUCGCCCACACUGCUCCCCCACCACUCUUCCUACAAACCACACCCCCAUCCUGCACACAUCCUCUUCAGGUCAUCUGAACACACGCACACGCACACACACCCAGGACCACCUCUCCCUCCACCCACAGACAACCCGUUCCCACAGGCUGGGGCUCCUGCAACGACCCAGCGGGGGGUUUCAACCUUGCUGCGACUCCACAUGGGACAUCCUAAUUCAGUCCAGGACAGAUAGUUUUAGUCAAUUACUAUAGAGUUGAAAAACAGAGAGAGAGAGAAAGCAGCCGGGUUGGGUAAGCCGUCGACAGUCUGCGACAUUUUUGCGCUUCCUGGGAGGGAAUUCCUCCAAGAAGAGGGGUAAAUGAGAGGCCCACACGCUGGAAGGCAAACACAAACACUGGCAGAUCAGAUGGCAACCUUUAGGGUUCCUUUACGAUCAGAUCAGUUUAAAUGAAAAAAAAAAAAUCGGUGUAAUUUUUAUCACCAGGGAGCACUGGCCUGGAGUAUUUCCAUUUCUAAAGAGCGGCUCCCGCUGUGGUUUCAUUAGCAUUUGGGGCUCAUCCUCCCUCCCCGUCCCUUGACACCCCCCCCCCCCACCACCGCCGGACCUCUGCCAGGGGCAGAAGAGAAAACAGCCAGUUAUUACAAAAACAUCCUCAGUUUAGAGCUGGAGUGUCUGCUCUGGAUACAGUCGAUUCUGACAUCAAUUAAAUAUAUAACCAGACACGUGCAGUGACGGGGAGGGUCCCCUCACCCAGGGUGCAUCUCCAGAAACGCCGCCUGCCCUUCCCCUCUCUUUAGCUCAGUGUUGGGAGUUUGAAGAUGGCCUCUUCCCGUCCUGUGUGUAUUUUCCCCCCAGCAAUUAUACUCCUCCUCUGAAAUCUAAAUUUUCCAUACCGCUGCUGCCUGUUACUAAUAAAAACCGUCUACCUUGCACUAUUAAA